AUGAUCAUCAUUAAAACCGCGGUUUGUUGGGUGAAACAAGUUGGUCAAAUAAAAAGCGGGAACGAGCUGCUGUUCACAUUUUUAUUUCUCCCAACACAUUAUGGGAGUGAGAAGACAUUUUUUCUGUUCACACAAAAAAGAAACAAAAAUUCAACAUGGUACCGAUGUUUGUUAUGGGAUUUCUUUUCUUUAUCUACUUCUUCUCAUCCUAUGAUGAUAUGA